AUGUCUUCUCUGACUUUGUCUACAAUCCAAUCAUUACUCCAAGAUAAACGUAUCGUUCUUCGAAUCACAGACGAAAGUUCCGUUACACCCUUGUCAUCCAAAGGCUUCACAGCUUCCUCGAAUCAAUUUUCUCCUGUCCCCAGUGGUCGGAUCUGGAAAAGGGAUUAUCACCGUCUACGUAGAGAUCAAAGAUGGCUCAAGGAGAAAAAUGAGGUCGAAGGGCUUAUUGAUCAUAUCACGGGUGGAUGGGUAGACCAGACCAGACCCAAUCCCGCACCUGAACAUGUACAUGGACAUGAACAAGAACAAGAUCGUGAUCUUGUGAAAGCGAUGACUAGGAUGGGCAUUCAAGAAGGACACAAUGAUCUCGUAGAUGCCAUGCAAAACAUGGGCAUUAGUAAGAAUCACGAUAAGGAGAAAGUAAAUGGAGUCAUGGAUGGAAAAGAAAAUGACGAUGCGGGUGAGGGUAGGGGUAGCCAAGGGAUAGCCAAUGAUAAAGCUAGUAAAUGGAUAUCUACUUCAACUGAUAUAGAUUGGAUAAUCUGGGAAUUAGUUAGAAGAUUGAUCAUUCUCAAAAAGGAUAAAGUAAACGUCACGAUCAUUAGAAGAAAUAGGAAGUUUUCACGAAGAUAUAAAGUGAAUAAAAGGGAUAAUCUCGUUAAAUGUCAAAACGCUCCCAAUUUUUUUAAUUCAUCUUCCGAGCUUUUGUAUUACGGUAGAAUAUUCAAUAAGGAUAUCAUCGAAACCACAGAAUGGACUGCUGAAUCAACAGGCUUUGGUUUACCUGAACACUAUUACAUACCUAAAUCAAAAUGGGUAAAUGGUCAAAGUUUGUUAGACAGGUUAGUAUGGAAUCCAAGAAUCGAUGUCGGUUUCUAUGAAGCUAGAAAAAAGAUGAAUCAAAGGAAAGAACAGAUACAGAGAUCUAGACAAUAA